UUUAUAACAACCCAUCAUUCUCUACUAUAAAGCAUAAACCAAUAAUUUAAGCUACGCAGCUCAUUUCUCUCGUUUUCGUCUUUCCUAUAAACUUGAAAACAUGAAGAGCACAACACUGCUCUGGAUUCUGGGUUUGUAUGCGUUAGUUUCAUUCAUCAUUGUUAGCCACUCAUCAGUACAAGUUGUUGCAGAUGGCGUUAAUUCAUCAGAGGUGAUACGCAUAGAUUGUGGGGUAGCCAAAGAGUAUUGGGACGACAAUAAGUUUCAUUACGAGGCAGAUGGAGCAAGGUUUGUAAAAUUUGGGGAAAUACAUAACAUAUCCUCUCCGUACAACUUGACGAGUAAUGAAGACAACCAGGCUGAGCAGCAACUGAACAGCUUGAGAAGCUUUCCAGAAGGAAAAAGGAACUGUUAUAAAGUCAAACCCAAAUAAGGCAAAAAUAACACUUAUCUCGUAAGGGCUAUGUUCAGAUACGGAAACUAUGACAACAAAUAUUCAGCUCCAGAGUUUGAUUUGCAUCUUGGCGUCACUUAUUGGGUGCAUAUGGAUUGGGAUGGUUUCAGAAAUUUUGUCGACAAUGAGAUCAUUCAUGUUGCUCCAGCUGACACCAUUGACGUGUGCCUUGCAAACACUGGGCGGGGCAUCCCACUCAUCUCCUUGUCAGAGCUUUAUCCUUUGCCUUAUUCUCCAUAUCAGCCCACAACACCACUAGACUUCAGCGACCGCCUUAACUUCGGUAUGAAAGCAACUUUCAUCAGAUACGCGAAUGAUCCCUACGGUAGAUCUUGGUUCAAUGAUAGAGUCAUCGACAACUCAAAGUCAAUCAGCACACCAACAGCUAUUGAGGAUGAUUCCAAAGAGUACAAACUACAAAAGCAAGUGUUGAGCACUGCAAUCACAUCACUGGAUGCUUCCUCUCCCUUAGUUAUUGACGUGUCCACUAGAAAUGACUAUGAGUAUCUUGUUCAUCUUCAUUUUUUUGACUUCGAGAAGCAUCCUCAGAAUCAGCAAAGAAGCAUGGAAAUUAAUUUCACUGAUAUCAUCCGACAGUCCGUAACUCUUAACUACAAGCAACUCCACACCAUAAAGGCGACAAUUCCGGAAGGAUCCUAUUCAAUUUCAAUCACAUCCUCCCCAGGUUCUGGUUUGCACCCCAUGAUCAAUGUUUAUGAGAUCUACAGAGCACUACCACAGCCAAAGUCACCAACUUAUGAACGAGAUGUUGAUGCUAUGUGGAAGAUCAAAGAUGCCUAUAACAUUCUCAGAAUCAGUUGGCAAGGAGAUCCCUGCACGCCAGAGGAAUAUAGAUGGGAAGGAGUAAUUUGCAAUUACUCUGAAAGCAUCCCAAGGAUCAUCUCAUUGGACACGAGCUCAAGCAAAUUAGGAGGAGACAUAGUUACUUAUUUCUCCAGUCUCAUGAUGUUGGCUUCCUUAGAUUUGUCAAACAACCAAUUGACAGGAGAAAUACCACAAUUUUUGGCAAAACUUCCCAAAUUGAAAGUACUUAAUUUGACAGGGAAUAAUCUCAAAGGUUCAAUUCCGAAGGCUCUGAGGGAGAAGUCGAGUACCGGUUUGACGUUGAGUUUGGAUGGAAAUCCAGGUCUAUGUCAAACAGGUUCUAGCAAAACCACAACAAAGAAGUUCAUUGUACCACUUGCUGCCUCAGUAGCGGCUUCUAUGGCAACUCUUGUAAUAUUAAUCUACAUUUCUUUGGUACUCUACGAACGUAGAAGAAAAAAGCAAAAAGUGUUGUUGCUCAAGAAAGCUGGCGAUCUUAAAUCAAAAAAUCAAGUAUUUUGUCAGGAUGAAAUUCUUAGUAUUACCAGUAACUUUGAAUCAGUAAUUGGAGAAGGGGGGUUUGGAAAAGUGUACCUUGGAAGGCUAAAGGACGGUACACAAGUUGCAGUCAAAUUGCUUUCAAAGUCAUCACAGCAAGGAUUUAAAGAGUUCGAAUCAGAGGCAAAACUAUUGUCCAUAGUUUUUCACAGGAACUUAGUUUCUCUUGUUGGAUACUGCGAUGAUGGUGACAUGAGGGCAUUGAUUUAUGAAUAUAUGGCAAAGGGAAAUCUUCGGCACCAAUUGUCAGGUUUGUUAAGUCCUGUUUUUCCAAUAUCUUUACAAUUAUCACAUAAGGGAACGCUUUCGCGGCCAAAUUUUUUUUUUUUUUGGGUAGAUUUUCCUGAUAAUUCUGAAGGUUUUGAGAGUGUUUCAAAGAAUGCCUGCAAGGAUGCAUUACAAUUUUCUUGCACAACAUGAUGUUUUGCAAAUCCAUACAUUUUAAAGUGGAAUGGGAGACUUCAAAUCACAUUAGAUACAGCAUAUGGUGUGUAGACUAUUUAACUUAUUCCCCAUCAUUACAUUAGCAAUCCAUUUUUUUUUAAAUUUCUAUUCUAGCUUUAUCCUUUAUUUUAUCUUAAGUAUUUAUUAUUUGCUUGUUGAAAAUGCAGAACUUGACUAUCUACAUAAUGGUUGUAAACCACCAAUAAUUCAUAGAGAUCUAAAAUCAUCUAACAUUUUGAUAAGUGAAAACAUGCAAGCCAAGAUUGCUAAUUUUGAACUAUCCAAAGCUUUUGCUAAUGAUACUGACGCUCACAUUUCAACUCAUCCUGCAGGCACAUUUAGUUACCUUGACCCUGAGUAUGUCAUAAAUAAUAUAUUCUUGGCAUUUCUUUUUCAACAUUCUUGAUUGAUUCUUAAACUAGAGGUUUCUUCUAUUUUCUAUGUUCCUCUACUUGAAGUAAAAUUUAGUGGAAUAGCUAGCAUAUAUUGUUAUCUUUCAAUGUAUGUAAAUGUUACUCAAGGGAAUCCACAACUUUGAAAUGUAGCUAUGAGUAAUAAAUUGUUUGUUGAGCUUAAUUUCAAUAGCUAAAUUAUCUUUUAAAAUUUACAGAUUCUAUAGAUUUGGAAACUUGAACAAGAAAAGUGAUGUAUAUAGUUUUGGAAUAAUUCUACUUGAGCUAAUGAGCGGUCGAUCAGCAAUUAACAAAACAUCUGAAGGCACAAGUCACAUAGUUGAUUGGGUCACUCCAAAGUUUGAGAUCGAGGAUAUCCAAUCUAUUAUAGAUCCAAAGUUAGAGGGAAAUUUCAAUAUUGCUUCAGCUCAGAAGCUUUUAGAGAUUGCCUUGUCCUGUGUUCAAUCAACUGCAAUCAAAAGACCCGAUAUAAGUAAUGUGGUGAAUGAUCUAAAGCAAUGCUUUGCCUUGGAAAAAUCCCUUGAAAGUGCAGAAAGCAGCACAAUAUUAUCAAGCACUACAUUGUUUGAUACAAAUUUUUAUCAGUGUGGAUCAGACUUACCUAGCUAGCUCCAAUUGUUUAUCUUAAAUCAAAUUCUUUGUAAGUUUGUAUGUUUGCUUUACUCUAGUAGACUCAUUUAUAAGCACACGGUUAAUUAAGUUUGGCCCAUAAGAUAUAGAAAUUUGCAAAUGACCAGAACUAAAUUAGAUUAUGAAUUCAAACUCAAAGGAUUUCAGCUA